AUGAAGAUGGUUGUGACUUACUUUUCAGUAUUCGUAUUUUCACGGGUCUCUUCUAAUAACUUUGAGGAAGAAACUGAAUAUUACACGUACAUUGGCACGGAGAAAAUGGGCGGAUUCAGAGGCACACAACAACCCAAAUGUCGCUAUUACAGAAAUCUUUGCAGAGAGUUCUUCUUCUGUUUUGGUAACUGCAACGAGUUCUUGAUUCCAGCCAGCGAUUUAAAUCAUAUUGCUGCUGGAAGUUUGUCUGAAGAACAGAUCAAGAAGUCAAGAGAUAUUAAGGUACUUGACUGUGGAGACCACGAAUUCGUCGGUAACAUCACAUUGGGUACACCAGAUCAGCAGUUUUCUGUCCUACUGGAUACCGGAUCGGCAGAUCUUUGGGUGCCGGGAAAGGAUUGCAAGUGA